AUGGUCAGAGGGAACAUACAGGGGGCUGAGAAUGGAGUAAGUAAGGAGUACGAGGAGACUGAGAUGAUGAAGAACGAGCAACAUGUGGGAAAAGGGAUGAAGAUCGAUGAAGAGGAAGGGUGGAAGGGAUUGAAAUACACGGCAAAGGAGGAGGACAUGAAUUGGGCAAAGAAGGGAUUCGUAGGAAAAGUCCAUAAUAACGAUGAAGUAUCACUCUUACAGCAAAAAAUAAUGGAUGUGGGAAUAUUUUCACUAGAAGUUAUUCCAACGGGAAGAGAUAAGGUAUUCUUAAAGGUGCAUGAAGAUGAAGAUAUGCAGUCCCUGAUAAAUGAUGCUAAGGAAUUUUUUCAACAUUGGUUUGUAAAGUUAGAUGAAUGGUACCCUGAGGCGGUAAUGAAGGAUAGAUACACUUGGAUCAGAAUAUACGGUAUACCCGUUCAUGCGUGGAAUAGAAGUUUCUUCGAGAAGUUAUGUGCCACCAUGGGGAAAUUGAUUUCGGUUGACAAAGUCACAGAAGAAAAGAGGCGGUUUGACUUUGCCAGGUGCCUAGUUAGAACCAUAUCCAUGGAGACUAUUAACAAACUAGUUAGAGUAAUGGUCAACGGACGCAUCUUCUUAAUGAAAAUGGUGGAGGAAGCAUUCACAUGA